AUGGCUCAGUGGUGCGAUGUGGAGGAGGCGCUGGGCCCGGAGGAGGCCGUCAACUUGCGAAGAGAGACUGAGGCGGAGCUAUCUGAUCCGGACUUUCUCAAGCAGGUGGCCCUUGCUAUGGGGCAAAGCCCCCGGAGCCGCUUCGACGGGGAAGCCUUCUUUGUGCUCGGCCCAUCCGCAGCUGGUAAGUCGACGGCGCUGGCUGAAAAACGACUGCAGGUUCCUCCGGGGGCUAUGACUUUGGACGGCUCCAUCAUCCGAGAGACGAGCGCGGUCUGGAAGAAGGUUCGGAAGCUGGCUCUUGCCCGGGGCUUAGCUGGGUUCUCUGAUUACUUCGACACUUUCUUCAAACCUUCCAUGGACAAGUUGAAGAAGAAGAUCUUGGAAGAUGCCAUGAGGAGGUCAGCCAACCUCAUCAUACCGGACACAGGCUCAAACUUUGCAGCCACAAAGGCUACGAUACAGAGGCUGCGUGAUGGAGGCUAUCGCCUAAAGUUUGCUGCGGUGUUUGGCGAUUCGGAAGUGCUUCUGAGUCGCGGCCGCGCUCGCGCAUCCGAAGACGGCAAGCAGUUCACUGGGAAAAACUGGCAGAAGUCGGUGGAAGCCAUCCUCGCCUUGCAGGAGUAUCUCCAGAGCAGUGGGCUGAUAGAUGCCUGUGGCUCGAUCCUCGUUCUGGACAACUCAAGUAGCGAGAUGCGCGUCAUGAGUCUCCAGGAAUUGGAAAGACGCUGGUGCCAGCCCAGGUCGUCACCAAGAAGGUGGCCAUCCUGUUGCCAGGGCCUGUGGCAGCUCUUGAGCUGA